AUGUCUAGUCGGGUUACGGAAAUUAAGAAGCAGCUGGAUGAAACUGUCGAUAACCAUAGAAAAUUUAAGUUUAAGGUCGACAAUAAUCCUAUUGUUAGGAGAAAGGAGGAAACUUAUUCUUAUGUGGUUGCAGAGGAUAUUAUUGGGAGGGACGAUGAUAAGAAAGUUGUCGUAGAUAUGUCACUAGGUCCGAAUGAUGUUCAUGAACAUUUUCGUGUCGUGACUAUAGUGGGGGUCGGAGGGUUGGGAAAAACCGCACUUGCUCAACUUGUAUAUAACGAUAAAAGGGUUGAAGAAGAGUUUCCGGAUCCCAAUUUGAGGUUGUGGGUUUGUGUCUCUGAUCAAGAUGGGGAGCAAUUUGAUGUCAAGGCAAUCCUUUGUAAGAUUGUAGAAGUAGUUCAGAAGCUUAGUGAUACUGCCUCAUUAGAAUGGGUGCGAAAGAGGAUUCAAGAGAUAUUAGGAGGAAAGAAGUACCUGCUCAUACUUGAUGAUGUUUGGAAUGAAGAUCGUGAUAAAUGGCUUAACCUGCAAAGCUUCUUGAUGAUCGGUGAAGGGGGUAGCAGGAUUGUGGUAACCACUCGUUCAGUAGAGACUGGAGAAAUUACCGGAGACAAGAAUAUCUAUAAGUUGGAAGGUUUGUCCCAGGAGAAUUCUUGGCACUUGUUUGAGACUGUAGCAUUUAAUAAAGGUCAAGAACACGAAAAUCAUCUUGAAUUAGUUGAGAUUGGGAAGAAGAUUGUUAAAAAAUGUUGUAACAUUCCUCUUGCCCUUAAGGUGGUAGGAAGUCUUCUUUUUGGUCAACACAUGAAUAAGUGGCAUUCAUUCAAGAGGAGUGGUUUGUCUGAAAUAAAAAAUGGCGAAAAUAAAAUUAUGUCUAUAUUGAAGCUGAGUUACCACAAUCUUAGACCCUCUUUGAAGAAUUGCUUUAGUUAUUGUGCAGCAUUUCCCAAGGAUUUUGAAAUAGAGAGGCAGGAGUUGAUUAGCCUUUGGAUGGCGCAAGGAUAUAUUGAGUCACUUGACGGGGGAUGUUUCUUUCAAGAUGUAAAGAAGGACGAAUAUGGUGCUAUUCUGCCAGUCAAAAUCCAUGAUUUGAUGCACGAUGUUGCUCAAGAAGUGGGGAGAAAGGAACUUAGUGUGGUGAGUUCUAAUACAUCCGAAUUGGGAAAUAAAAUUCGUCAUGUAUAUAAUGUUAGUGAUAACUGUCCACAAAGCUCCUUGCUCAAGAAGAGUAAGAUACGUUCAUUUAUUUUGAGUCGUCCUCGUCAUAGAACUCUGGCGGAGAGUAUACAAAUGGACCGCUGGGUAUGCCUAAGGGUAUUGAGCUUAAAGUCUGCAAAUAUUAAAACCUAUCCUGAUUCAAUAGGUAAACUUCUCCAUUUAAGGUAUCUUAAUUUGUCUAGGAAUCACAUACUAGCGGCACUCCCUGAUUCUAUCAUUGAACUUCAUAAUCUACAAACUUUACUUUUAAGUGAUUGUAAUAAUUUGAGGGAGUUGCCAAAAGGUUUUAGCAAAUUAGUAAAACUUAGGCACUUGGAUCUAAGUCGCUGUAGGGAGUUAACUGUGAUGCCUUCGGGCAUAGGUAAAUUGACUAGUCUUAGGCACUUGGGUUUAGAAGAGUGUUAUAAGUUAACUUGCAUGACUUUGGGCAUGGAUAAGUUGACUCAUCUUAGGGUGCUACCCUUCUUUGUGGUGGGUAAGGGUCAGAGAGUUUCAAGUGAGGAACAAUACAGUGCAGAACUCAAAGACCUUAAAGCAUUGGCCAACUUAAUUGGUGGCAUACAUAUUAAAAUUGGUAAAUAUUACAUAGAAGGCCUGAAUAAUGGAGAAGAUGAAUACUUGAAGAGCAUGAAGCAUAUCGUGGAAGUAAACAUUGGUUUUGAUUUUGACAUUGAUGCUUAUAAAGAUCCUGACUUUGGAAGUUAUUGUCAAAGUUGGCAGCAAGAAGAAAUAGAAAAAGUGUGAAAAAAAUCUAUUUAGCUCUUUGACAGCUAAAUAUAUAUUACGGGAGUUUGUAACUAACUUGUAACAAACUUAUUUCCUUAGCUGAUGUCAGCAAUCUAAUACUCAUGCUUCUUGCGUGUGUAAUCCAACUCAGCUUCACACAUGCUCUUUUAUUUCCUCAUCAUCAUCGGUCAUUCUAACACCCCCACUCAAACUAUGCAUUGUGUUAACCAUGCCUAGUUUGGAUAGUAACUCAUUGAACUACUUUUGUGAACAAAUCUGCAAUCUGUGAAGUUGUAGGCAAGUAUGUAAUUUUUUUUUUCCUUGUAACACCUUGUCUCUUGUAAAAUGGACAUCAAUCUUAAUAUGCUUUGUCCUUUCAUGAUGCACUGGAUUUUUAGCUAUGUGAAUAGCACUCUGAUUAUCACAGUGCAGAGUUACAGGCUUCAAAUGCUGAACUCCCAAUUCCUCUAGUAAUCUUACAAUCCAUGCCACUUCUCCUGCUGCUGCUGACAUUGCCCUGUAGUCCUGUACUCUGCUUCUGAGGAACUUUUUGACACAACACCUUGCUUCUUUGACUUCCAGGUUAUAGGGGAUUUUCCUAACAUCAAAAUGUAGCCUGAGAUUGAUCUUCUGCUAUCUAGGCAAGCUCCCCAGUCUGAAUCUGAAAAAGCUUGUAAGAUUAACUUUUCUGCACCUUUCAGUAAGAUACCUUGCCCUAUUGUCCCAUUUUCAUAUCUCAAAGUAUGUUGUUGUAAUGCCCUGAAAUGAGGCAUUCUAGGUUCUUGAAGAAAUUGACUGAGAUGUUGUACAGUAUAGGAUAAGUCUGGCCUGGUAUAGUGGUAUGGGUCA